AUGACCUCAAUCAUCCCCAAUACAGCUUAUUCACCAGAUAAUAUUAGUCGAACAUAUAAAGUGAAGUGGACAGAACCAGAAGACGCCAGGUUACUCGAAACUGUUGGUAAGUUUGGAUCUAAUAGGUGGGAUUUUAUUGCUACAUUUAUACCUGGACGCACAGGGCGCCAGUGUAGAGAAAGAUGGAUGAUCCGAUUUGCACCAGAUAUCAAAAAAGAAGCAUGGACACAUGAUGAAGAUCAAAUGCUAAUUCAACUGCAACAAAAAGUUGGAAAUCAUUGGUCAGCAAUAUCGAAGUACUUACAUGGAAGAACACCUAUAAUGAUAAAGAAUAGGUUCAAACUUUUGUGUCGCCACCAAAAAAUAAAGGAGGCCAUAUGCGAAAGUAGCGUAAAGCUUAAUCCAUGCCAACAAAUAUCCAUACAAUCACCUGCAAUACCUGUUCAAUUAGAUGCAUUUCCGAUGAAUCUAUAUCAAAACAAAAAUAUCAAUGAAGGAGUUGUAGGUACAGAUGUGGAUGUGAAUAAUUCCAAAAGGAAUGAUUUUGAAGAAUUUGAUUUUUCAAAUGAAAUUUUCUAUGGAGAAGCUUUUGUUUUUUAA